AUAUUCAAUACUUUGGUAUUAUUGGUAUUAUUGACUGUUGCCGAUCGAGGACAGAAAACCCAUCCUAACCGCCGACGGCCUGGUCCAGACUUCGAACUCCCCCUUCGAGCCGACCAUAUCGCAGGAGACCCAAACAUCCAACGGAAUCGGUGGUGGUCAGUGCCAGCUGACGGUCGACCAGUUGGACAUCGAAAUUCUGCCGAUAAUCUACGACAUUGUGCGCUGCGUGGAGAAGGAUCCUCUGGAGAACGCCGUUAAGCUGCGCGAGUCCCAGGAUUGCAACCACAAGAUAUUUGAACUGCAAAAACGCUUCGAAUCGGCACGCGAGCAAAUCCGCCAGCUGCCCGGGAUCGAUUUCAAUAAGGAGGAGCAGCAACAGCGACUGGAACUGCUGCGAAAUCAGCUUAAGCUCAAGCAGCAGCUGAUCCGCAAGUACAAGGACACAGAGUUCUAGGCAGUGGUAGUACAAAAAAAGAGUCGGGCAAGAUGGUGCUGCGGCUGCUGAUGCGCUACCUUGCCAAUAACGAGCAGCUCAUCCAGCGCAUGGCGGACAGCUAUCCCAUGAGACGCACCGCCCAGUUGGUCCUUUCCCUGAUGUACCGCACCAAAGACAUGGCCAGGAAGCAGGGACUGCACGAGAUGACGCCGGAGGGCUUCAAAUCCUUUGUCAACAUGUUCAAAAACAACGUGCGACAAGAGCUGGAGGGAGUGAAGAAGGAGCUUAAUAGCAAGAAAAAGAACUAGGGUUCAGUAAUUAACUUGGUUAACUACAGCAAUUGUAUAUACGCGGCAUGAUAAAUUUUAGUAAACACAGAUGAAUAAACAUUGAAGCCAGAACAUUAAU